ACGUGACGGGCGGGAUAUAAAGGCGCCACAAGAUGGCGGCGGCGGCGUUCGCGCCGCUCUUGGUUCUGGGGACGCUGCGGGCGGCGCUCGGGGCUGGAACCGCCAGGGAGGUUUCCAUGGAAUACAACCCUGGAUGGAACAGUUCCUCUGUCAACCUCCUCCACGUACGGGCAGUGGGACCUAGGGACACCUUGCACUACAUCUGGAGCAGCAUCGGGGCCCCCACGGUGCUUUUGGUGGCCACAGAGAGCAGGACCAGUGCCCUGCACAUCAACUGGACCCAACUCCUCUCCCCCAGCCCCACGGGUGCCAUCAGGAUCGAACCCCCCAGCAGUGUGGUCUCCUCUGCUGCUGUUGUCUUCACCAAGGUGUUUGAGUACAGCCAGAGCCAAACCCUGGAAGAGCUUUUCUAUCCCACCUAUGACCUUUCUGGCUUUUCCUGGGAAAACACCAACCACACCCUGAACCACACAGCCCUGACAGCAGAGUUCACGGGGGUCCCAGCCACAGAUCCUGCUGGCAGCUUCUCCAAUGGCAGCCUGACCUUCCGGGUGACAGCCUAUGAGGCUGGUGGCCGUGACGGGCUUCUCCCCAGCCUCCUGCACACAGCAAACAGCUCCAAGGUGGAAUUUGUCCUGGCUGGGGUGGCUCCCCAAGGGAACAGCUCCAAGUUUUCCCUGGAAGUGGCCACGGUGGAGGAGGUGGGGGCUGUGCGGGUGCUGCGCUCGGCGCGUUCCAUCGACGACGAGUACACCCCCACCAUCUUUGAGAUGCUCUCCCUGGCAGCUGAAUCCCAAAAUGACAGCUCCACACUCAGCUUCCUGCAGUGGAAAGCCACAGCCUAUGGCUCCCGGAGCCCCCGGCGUGAGGAUGGGAUUCAGUGCAGGUCACAGGGCCUGCAAGCAGCCAACUGGACCCUGCCUGGUUCCAGCCUGGUCCUUGCCUACUUUGGGGAGGGUUUAGGCAGCACCUACACUGUCAGUGCCAUUAAUAUCUCAUUUGGGGGAGAGGAUGGAAAAGUUUACCAGGAGAAACGUUACCUCAGCUGGUCAGCACUCCUGGGAUUUGGGAAGCCCCCCAGGGACACUUUUUCCUCCUUGGUCAUCUCCAUCAUGGCCAUGGCCCUGGGGACCCCCCUGGUGAUGCUCCUGGUGGGCACCUGCGUGGUGCUCUUUGAACAGAGGAAACAAUAUUCUGAGUAUGAGCCCAUCAACUGAGGGGGAAAAUCCCUGGGGGAAGAUCCCUGGGAUCCUUUUCCUCAGCAGGAAAACAACUCUGCUUCCAAAUCCUGGGAUCUCCUGUGCCCUCCUCUCUGUCCCUGCUCAGAGGGGACCAAAGCGAAGUUUCCAGCAUCUUUUGUGUCACUUUUGUGUCCUCCUCCCUCUGGCUGAUUUUUGUUUUUAUUUUUUCCUCUGAUUUCCUCCUGAUCCAUCCAGCCAGAGGAAGUGUUGGGAUUCCCAUCAGCUCUGGAAUCUCCUAAAACAGGGAUAAAACCCCUCCAUGUUUGGCAGAUGUUGUCCUGCCCUGCACUCCAGGGUGACAUCUGAGCCUGGGGACCCAGUGCCACUCCUGCCAGGGUGAUUCCUGCUGCUGGGGACACCCCAGGACACCUCACAGACACCUCAGGACCUUUCUGCUGGCACCAAAGGGACACCCAGCACCAUUUCUGGGGUUCAGGAUGGGUCCCCCCAACCCCUGGGUGCCCUCUGGGUCCUGUGUCACCUUGAGGGGGGGGUGACACUGUGUCUGUCACUGCCUCUGUCACCAAAUAAAGUGGA